CCGGAAAACGUUAGCAUGUUGACUUCUGCUGCACACUUCAGGUAAAUUAACGCCCACAGACGACUUCAGCGUAGCCAGACGAACGAUAACAAUUGUAUUCGUACAAUACUUUAACCCUCUUUACGUGCUCACUUGCCUGCAUGUGAAUGUCCUCUUCUCAUCAGCUGCCAUGCACCCAGGAGAAGUAGCGCUCUGUGCUUCGCGACUUGAGAAACUGCACGCCGGCCGAAGCUACGGCGACAUCUUGGCUCUCGUCGGCGACCUCGACAACUGUGACGUCACCGCGGAGCACCUCGAGGACAUCGCCGACGUUCUCUACAAGCUCCUCAAAGGAUGCUCUGAUGGAGGCGUGAGGAGGGCGACCAGGGGCCUGCUGUCCAAGUGGAGGAGGCAGCACAGGAAGGACCUGACAGGUGUGAGAUGUUCAGGUGACCUGGAAGGUGCUGAAGGUUUGAAUGGAGGAGGUUCCCACUUGUGUAACUUUAGUGCCUCGUCGUCCCCGGCUGGCGUAGAAGGCUCCUCUGUAAGGUCCAAAUGUGUCCAACUCCUGGUGUCUGCCCUCGGACCCGAACCAGGUGAUCUGGGCAAAACCACAGAGUUGGCCGCAGAGGUGGAGCUGCACAUCCACCGCCUCCACGCACCCAACCAGGCCAAGUACAAAGCCUGCGUGAGGAGCAAAGUCGCCAACUUGAGGAACCCUAAAAACGGCCACCUGCGCCACGGCCUCUUGGGCGGCCGCCUGCCUCCCGAGGCUUUCGCCCGCAUGUCGGCCGAGGAGAUGGCCUGCGACGAGCUGCGGCGGCUGAGGAAGGAGCUCUCGUCCCGCGGCGUGAGCGAACGGCAGCUGCCGCUCGGGCCGGAGGGGACGGAGACGCGCAAGAUCCGUUGCGAGCGGUGCGGCGGCUCCAACUGCAGGGUGACGCAGGUGAGCCGGGGGGCGCUCUUCCUGCCGGCGUGGGUGCGGCGGGGGGGCCCUGAUGAUGACGCGAUGACCUUUGUUACAUGCAGCGAGUGUGGGCAGCAGUGGUACCACAGCAGCUGGGUCUGCCUCUGAUGGUCCUCAGCAUUUGCUAACAAUUACAGAUCCAAAUUGACCUUUGUCCCAAUUAUACACACAGACUUUUUUUUAUCUUUGGAAUAAAACUUUGGGAAGACUAUGGCCUGGGAACGCCUCGGGAUCCCCCAGGGAGGAGCUGGACGUAGUGGCUGUGGAGACGGAAGUCUGGGCUUCUCUGCUUAGGCUGCUGCCCCCGCGACCCAACCUCGGAUAAGCGGAAGAAGAUAGAUGGAAUAAAACUUUACUAUGUCAUAGGGGUGUAACGGUACACAACAAUUUCGGUUCGGUACAUACCUCGGUUUAGAGGUCACAAUUCAGUUCAUUUUCGGUACAGUAAGAAAACAACAAAAUAUACAUUUCCCUGGAUAAUCCAUCCAUCCAUCUAUCCAUUUUCUACCGCUUAUUCCCUUUGGGGUCGCGGGGGGCGCUGUAGCCUAUCUCAGCUACAAUCGGGCGGAAGGCGGGGUACACCCUGGACAAGUCGCCACCUCAUCGCAGGGCCAACACAGAUAGACAGACAACAUUCACACUCACAUCCACACACUAGGGCCAAUUUAGUGUUGCCAAUCAACUUAUCCCCAGGUGCAUGUCUUUGGAGGUGGGAGGAAGCCGGAGUACCCGGAGGGAACCCACACAGUCACGGGGAGGACAUGCAAACUCCACACAGAAAGUUCCCAAGCCCGGGAUUGAACCCAAGAAUACUCAGGACCUUCGUAUUGUGAGGCAGAUGCACUAAUAAUGUUUACCAAAUUUGCAAAAUCUUUCACCAAAAAUAUUUUUCUUAGUGGAAUAUUUGAUGUGAAGUAAUCGGAACCUUGGAUAGGUCAAUAAUUCAUAAUAACAUUGAUUUUGAUUCAAUAUUAUGUUUUGAGCAAUGACAGUUUGAAAGAAAAAAAAAACAGCUUUGUUUUAUUAGUCAACACUGCAACUUUUUUCUAAAUUACAUUUAACCUUUAAGCUUUUUUAUUUCAUUUUUGUUAUGUUUUUGUUUAUUUUAAUAGUACUUUUUAGAGAUGUCGCCGAUAUUAUCGGGCCGAUAAAUGCGUUAAAAUGUAAUAUCGGAAAUGAUCAGUAUCGUUUGUUUUAUUAUCGGUAUAAUUUUUUUUAAUUUUAUUAUUAUUUUUAUUUUUAUUAAAUCAACAUAAAAAACACAAGAUACACUUGCUGCUGGUCCACUAAUAGUACUAACCUUUAACCUGGUCCACUAAUAGUACUAACCUUUAACAGUUAAUUUCACUAAUUUUCAUUAAUUACUAGUUUCAAUGUAACUGUUUUUCUAUUGUUUUACUUUAUUUUUUAUUCAAGAAAAUGUUUUUAAUUUAUUUAUCAUAUUUUAUUGUAUUAAUUUUUUUUUAAAGUACCUUAUUUCACCAUACCUGGUUGUCCAAAUUAAGCAUAAUAAUGUGUUAAUUCCACGACUGUAUAUAUCGGUAUCGGUUGAUAUCGGUAUCGGUAAUUAAAGAGUUGGACAAUAUCGGAAUAUCGGAUAUCGGCAAAAAGCCAUUAUCGGACAUCCCUAGUAUUUUUAGAAUGUGCCGUGGGCCUUUAAAACAUUAGCUGUGGGCCGCAAAUGGCCUCCGGGGCACACUUUUGACACCCCUGCUAUAGAUAAUAAAAAAUUAAAUGUGAUAAAUCUAUGGAUAAAAAGCAGAGCCUGGCGACGCAUGCGCGUUUAUCAUAACUCUCUCGCUCUCUCUGUCUAUGCCCCUCCUUCACCAAUGCUGCUGCGCCACAAUUUGUUUUGUUUUUAACCCCUUCUUAACCCUGAACGUACAUUGAAAAUACACGCAACCCUAACUCAAAAUGCCGGACAUUUGAGGCAUUUAAGAAACUCCGCCCUGACAGCUCCGCAAAAGAGGACAUGUCCGGUGAAAAAAGGACGUAUGGUCAGGCUAUCGUAGCCCGUUAGCUGCUAGCAUGCCGUGUGUUGUGCCUCGAUGUGCAUUGUUUACACAACGUGCGUUACGCUACUUAAUAUGUCCGUGUGGAAACUCGUUCGGUACACCUCCGAACCGAACCGGAACUCCUGUACCGAAACGGUUCAGUACAAAUACACGUACCGUUACACCCCUACUAUGUCAUAAUAGUCUUUCAAAGCCAGGUGGUAUAUGGUCCUUUAGUCGGCGUGGUACACACACAUACAGUUUCCCUUAAGGGUGUUUUCUUUUAAAGUGUUGCCUCUUAUCAAACGCUUCCUCAUCAGUCCUGUGGCUUUACGUUUGCUGCGGUCGCUGCUAUUAACACUAGGUCUUGGCUUAGCAACACAUGCAUCUUUGUACUGCUUUCAUUCAUCGACACCAGUGUUUUUCAACCUUUUUUGAGCCAAGGCACAUUUUUUUGCGUUGAAAAGGCACACCACCAGCAGAAGUCAUUAAAAAACGAAACUCAGUUGACAGUAAAAAGUCGUCGUCGCAAUUGUUGGAUAUGACUUUAAACCAUAACCAAGCAUGCAUCAAUCUAGCUCUUGUCUCAAAGUAGGUGCACUGUCACCACCUGUCACAUCACCCCCUGACUUAUUUUGACCUUUUUGCUGUUUUCCUGUGUGUAGUGUUUUAGAUCUGGUCUUGCGCUCCUAUUUUGGUGGCUUUUUGUCUUUUUUUGGUAUUUUGCUGUUGCAGUUUCAUGUCGUCCUUUGAGCGGUAUUUCCCGCACCUACUUUGUUUUAGCAAUCAAGAAUAUUUCAGUUGUUUUUAUCCUUCUUUGUGGGGACAUUGUUGAUCGUCAUGUCAAUUUGAGGGAUCCAGCACGGACACACAGAGCAGGCAGGUCAUUGUUUUGACUGCUCGAAGAAAACAACAUCUUAAUCUACGAUUUGACUCCCUCGAAUGGCCUUGAUGCUAUCAGGAACAGGCUGUUCUGAAGAACUCCCCCGAGGACUCUUCAACGAUGGACGCUUUUGACCUUCCUUUUUUUCAAUAACACCUGGUGUCGAACUUUGAGAUCGGCCCCAGUCCACAAAAACAUUUCAACAUCUCACCCAAGUUAAUUGGGCAUACACGCACACACCUGCCCCUCCCCCAAUCAACACCUUCACCACUGCUUAAUUCCUCCGGGGUUGUGGAUGGCUGAGUAGCGCCUCUGUUGCGAGUUGUUGUGAUUACAUGUAUCAUGUUUAUGUGUGCCAUGCUAUGUGAGGUUUUUUCCUCGGACUCAGUCUGGACCCCUCCUGAGGGUCCAGCCUUAGACUGAUAUUUUUUUCACUCUUCCCCCCUUUCCCAAUGUCACCUUUUUCCCACCUUUUUUAAGGAGCGCCGUAAGUGGCGAUCCGUUGGCGGUCCCGUCUUGUCCCCUUGUAACGUAUGUCUGCUCUUAGUGGGACUGUGCCGAAAAUGAAAUUUCAGUUCUUAUGUGUCUUGUACAUGUUAAAGAAUGGACAACAAUAAAGCAUCUUGAAUCUUGAAUGUUUGGAUGUACAUUGUGGACGCCGUCUUUGCUCCACAGUAAGUCUUUGCUGUCGUCCAGUAUUCUGUCUUUGUUUACUUUGUAGCCAGUUCAGUUUUAGUUUCUUUCUGCAUAGCCUUCCCUAAGCUUCAAUGCCUUUUCUUAGGGGCACUCACCUUUUGUUUAUUUUUGGUUUAAGUAUUAGACACCUUUUCAUACUUGCCAACCUUGAGAC